GCCGUGCGCCAAUGGGCGGGCGGUGCGGGCGCGGUGCGGCGGUGCCGGCGGCGGAGCGAUGAGAGCGGCGGUGCGGGCGGCGUGGCGGAUCGGAACCGCCACCGCUCUGCGGGGCCGGGCCGGGCGCCCGCUCAGCCAGGCGGCCGGGGACGGCGGUGGGGCCGAGGGCGGCGGCGGCUCGGGUUCGCGGGAGGCGGUGGAGCGGCUGGUGCGAGAGCACCCGGUGGUGGUGUUCAUGAAGGGCAGCCCGGCGCAGCCGCUCUGCGGCUUCAGCAACGCCGUGGUGCAGAUCCUGCGGCUGCACGGCGUGGAGGAUUACCGCGCCCACGACGUGCUGCAGGACCCCGACCUCCGCCAAGGAAUAAAAAACUACUCCAACUGGCCUACCAUCCCACAAGUGUACCUCAAUGGUGAAUUUGUUGGUGGCUGUGAUAUACUCCUCCAGAUGCAUCAGAAUGGAGAUCUUGUAGAAGAGCUGAAGAAACUAGGAAUCCGUUCAGCACUUCUGGAUGCAGAAAAAGACCAAGAGAAAAAGUAAAAUGAGCAAAAAAAAAAUGCUGUGACAGGAAUAAAGCAAAUCUUUGAUAAGAACUUGUUGCCCAUAAAGCCUUACAUACUUUAUGUCGAGGAAAGCAUCUGUUUGAACUGACACUAAGUGAAUGUCUCUUAGCUCAUGAUAAAUGUAGUGAUCUUGGUAUUUUGAUUUAUGGAUAUCGUGAAAAUUUGAGUAUAACCACUGCACUGUAAAGCAAACAUUUGUGAAAAUUUGUAUUUUAAAAAAGUUCACUUCUAAAAGCACUCUUUUUCAUUGAGGUGGGAGAAAACCAAAAGAACUAAUAAUAUUUUUAUGGGUUUUACAUGUGUGAUUCUCUGUUCUUUGAUACAUGAAGCUAUACAAACAGCAUUUGCAUUCCCUUGCUUCUCUUGAAAAAGCAUUAAGUAAUAGUGCAUCUGUUUUUCUGUCUAAAGUCUGGUGAUAAGAUUUCCUGAGAGCCUGUAAAACCUGUGUAAUCACAUACAAUAUAGGAGAAAAACAGUUUUCCAACAAUAUAGGAGAAAAAAGAUUAUGUGAGAGUGCAUGAUAUAUACUUUUAUUCCAAAGGGUAAAAAUAAACAGAACUUGUACAAAUA